AUGGGUUACCCCAUCAUCGCAUACCUUGUCUUUGUUGUUGUCACUUUACCCUGGGUUGAAGGCCAGUUUCCCAGAGUCUGCACUGACCGGAGCAGUCUGAGAGACAAGAAAUGUUGUCCUACCCCUAAAGGUUUCACCACACAAUGCGGUUCCGAUGGAGACAGAGGAAAGUGCCAGGAAUUGACCAUUCGUGACUGGACAAUCAAGUACAGCCAUUUCCAACCGUUCCAGAUGAAUGACGAAAGACACGACUGGCCCCGUGGUCUUUACCACAAAGUCUGCAAAUGCAACGCAAACUAUGCAGGUUACGAUUGCAGCAAAUGCGCCUUUGGUUACUACGGCAAGAACUGCACGCAGAAGAAAAAUUUGAUACGAAGAAAUUUUCUGAGCCUGACAGCCGAGGAAAAAGAUCGAUUCAUGAGGUAUGUCAACAUGUCCAAGCACUAUGUAAGUGACUUCGUGGUUACGUCUACUUCUUACGAGGAGAUAAACAAAACUGUUAUGGAGGGUGACGACCCAAAGGACUUCUUUUAUAACGUUACUAACUAUGACCUCUAUACGUGGAUGCAUUACUAUGCUGCACGUGACACCAUUUCACCUGAUGGUAAAAAGGAAUCUGAUAUCGACUUCGCACACGAUGGUCAGGGAUUUCCCUCAUGGCAUCGGUUGUACUUGUUGACAUGGGAGAGAAACUUGCAGGAAAUUGGAAACGAUGAAGAAUUUGCCCUUCCUUUCUGGGACUGGACUGGGAAUCCCACUCAAUGCGACCCCGCCAUUUGCUCUGAAGGGCUGCUUGGUGUAACGAACCAAAGUACUGGCAUCGUAAGGGGCAAAUACUUGGAUGACUGGUACGUGCUUUGCACCAACAAACAAACCAGUGAUUUAACAAAGCCGUGUUACCCUAACAUAACAAGAGCUGGAUUGAAACGGGACACAGAUGAUGAGAAGGAGAAGAGAAAGGAACAAGGAUUUACAAUGACAUUUCCAACAAAAACAGAUGUCAACUUCGCGCUCCGUUUUGAAACCUUUGACCUCCCACCCUUCAACAAAGAGUCUAGCUGCAAUUUUGAAAACAUCCUAGAGGGUUAUGCUAGCAGCGAAUCUGGUUUUCGCCUUCCUAACAUCCACGGCUUGCACAACCGGGUCCACAUAAAUGUUGGAGGAGAAAUGUUUGAAGUACCUGCUGCAACAAACGACCCGAUCUUUCUUCUUCAACACACGUUUGUGGAUCUUAUCUAUGAAAAAUGGUUGCGGAAGUUUAAUAAGGAUGCGGAUGUGCUAUCUGCUUACAAUGCACCCAUUGGUCACAACAGAGAUGACGUCAUUGUUCCGGUGUUUCCGGUGUACACUCACCAACAGAUGUUCAAGAAGUCUUUCGAGUUCGGUUAUGAUUACCAAGACGUCGAUGACAAAGGUGAGAAUUAAUUUUUUGCCUCCAUUAUAUUUUGGUUGACUUUCAUUUAACUAGUUAAUUAUAAGAGACAGAACUCCACUGCCUGCCCAAUCUUUUUUAGACAAUGUCCGUGUUUUGAAUUGGUUAAGUACAUUCGUAAAACCAGCCGGCAAAAUUGUCGUUUCACCGCGUGAGAUGGGGUGCACAUGCAUCUGUAGAUGGGGUCUACAGGUGCAGGAGGUGCAGGUACGCCCCCCCCCCCCUCCUUCCCUUUUCCCCCGUUAUUUGGGAAAAGUGAAUACUGUAUUUCCUCGAACAAACGCCCGAGCGCUCAUAAAAUCUCGACUAAAAGGGUGGGGUGGGGCGGGGGCGUAUAUUGGUACCGAGUAGGUGCUAAUUAAGUUAGCGCACUGAUAGGACAGAAAAAUCAAAAGAACAGGUAAAACACAUAAAGGAAUUCUACAAGCGCAUGAAGACGGAAAUAUCUGGAACGGAAGAGAAAGUCAUGAACUGAAGCUCAAAAAGUGUAGAUAAAGUGGCAAUACGCACUAUUUAAUAAAGUGAGGAGGGGGGACGGUUACUUUAAUUUAUGACCCAAGGGGUGAGUGCUUAUUCGAGGAAAUACGGUGCUUAUAAUCCUCUAAAAUUCCUUUAAUUCGUCAAUGUUUUCCACUUGCCCACAUAUUGGUAUUUUCAGUAUCACAAUAAACUGGAAGUUUCAGUUAUAUUAAAGAAGCAUUUCAUUUUUUUCUCUGGGCAAAGUUAUGGCAAAUUUUGUUUUUGCCUUUUAGUACGAUGGUGGAAACACGUCUUGGAGAGAGAACUCUGAGGAGUGUACUUACCCAUUCACUUAAUUCCAACUCCUCCGCUUUCCACCAUUCCUCGUCUCUCCUCUCAUAUCCUGUGUAAUUUGUCCACUAAAAAUCUUGCUCUCCAAAAUUCACAAAAAAGUAUCGUUGUUUAGGCAGGUCUCCUGAUGACGAGAAAGAAGAAGAAUCAAAGUCUUUGGGAGAUUGUCCAACUUCUCCAACUUGUCCAACUUGUCCACCUCCUGACUCUGCACCGCCUGGAAAGCUAAUGUGUUGGUGGCUGAUGUCAGUCAUGUUAGUAUGGCAGCUACUGUUGGCUGAUUGAAGACAGGGAGUGGAGAGAAUUAGCCUGCGUUAGACUCUUAGUAAGCAGAGAUGCGUGAAAUAGUGGGUGUGGGAAAACCGGGAAGCAAGCAACACAGCGGUCAAACGUCGGGUGUGCGCGAGGGGAUCAAUUCUGGCAGGCCGCGCGCCAUUUUCCCGCUCAAUGGAAAACUUAAGGAACAGCUCCUGUCUCGCAAAAUAAGCGAAAGAAAAUUGAAACGUGCAUCGUAAUCUGUAGAAGGAAAUAAAAGUAGGGUAAGAGAAAACUCGAUAAUUUUCGAACACAAAGCUUAUUCAAGUACUGUUAUUCCGUUGAUUCACCUUUCCGUUUUAAUUUUAACAAAAACAAAGACGGCUGCAACUCGUUUCUGACAGCACCCCACGUAGUAAUUACAUCCUGCGCACAUCUAGAGACGUUGGACCGCUGUGUUGAAGUAAGCGGAACGCGGCGCUUGCAGUUACUAGGGAGACGUCUGCAGAUUACGCCCUCUUGUCAGGAAGUUAUCGCGCGCGCCAUUUUUCGUGUAUUCGCUUUUUCGCUCGUCUUUGCUGAUUGAGAGGCUGGAACAGGCUAAGAGAGAAGAAGUGAGGAGGAAGGAAGAGAAGAGUAGAAGUGGUAGAGUCGUAGAAUAGAGCACAGUACGAUAAUGUACAGUAGUAUGAAGUACAGUGGACUUAAGUCUGGACAGAUUAGAAGGAAUAACUGAGUAUACCCAAUAUAAUAGAGAAGAGUUCAUUUUUAAGGGUGUAGCUGCGCUGAACUUAGUAAAGAAGUAUUAAGAACAUUACAGUAGCGAGUGAUUCGUAUGUCGAGUAAAGUAACCUUAAAAUAUAACCACACAAAAAAAGCAUCGAAGCCUUCAAGAAGACGAUGGUCUUCUUUUUUUAUAUAUGAAAAAGCACGUUUAUAAGCAGCACAUUUCGAUAUUUUGAGUCGACCGUUUUAUUAAAUACGGC